AUGUUACAGAGGAACAAAAUGUACGCUAUUUUGAAGCAUCUGCUUGCUCCUGGAAGAUACUACAUGUUUCGCGUAGCAGCAGUCAGCUUGCAUGGCAGCAAUGGAUUCUCAAAAAGCAGUCAGCCAUUCAAACUCUCGAAAGAGCCGCGAGCGCCGGGACCUCCUCGUGACUUGUCACUGGUUAAUUCAGAAGUGGAUGAGAGAAAUUUCUGGAAGCAGCGCAUCAAAUGGACUCCACCACUGUCUGAGCUACCGGUCAAAAAUUAUCUCCUUUCGUGGCAAAAAUCAUCAGCGAAGCAAGCUGCUGCAUACGAAGAAAUGCUAAAGCGCCGAUCGAGCUUUGAAAAGCAGGAGAAGCGCUCAGCACUGAACGCGGAGGAUGAUGAAAACGAGAGCGAUGAUGGUAUCUUGGAGCGGGAGCGAAUGUCCAUUGUUGUGCCGCCUUAUUACUCGUACGCCACUAUUGAGCAGCUGCAACCUGCAUCUGUUUAUUUGGUCGAAAUUCAUGCAAUUGUGGACUCAUCUGAUGGCGAGCUACACGGAGAAAAAGGAAUAAUAUAUGUAAGGACAGGUGAAAGCAGUGAAAGCGAAACUUCCAUUAACACUACUACCACUUCUGGUGGUAUUACGAGCCCAGUUACGGCGACAGUGCCGACGAUUCAGGAAGGCUCCAAACAGCAGUCUGGAGAUGCGGAAGCAGAAAGUGAUUUUAGAGAUACACGAACAGAUAAUGGUCUGGGAAAACUGGAAAUCAGAACCCCAUAUUUUGAUGAUGACAGCUUGAAGACGGUAGUUAGCUGGUUCUCUGAUGGCUUAUGCAGUGAAUCGCGAACCGAAUAUACCGUAAGUGAAUCGCGAACCGAAUAUACCGUAAGAUGGCGACUGAUGUUAUGCCGUGGUGGAAAAAAUGGACAGCGCCUUACAUAUUACGAUUUGGAUAAAUCAGGUGAAGAUUGGGCCGAAAUGCAAGUGCACGAAUGUGUGGCGGUUCUGGAAGAUCUCGACUUCGCUUGUUCGUACAGCGUGCAGCUCGUUGAUUCGGCCAGCGGAAGGGUGGUAGCAGCGAGUAACUUUGAAACGCAGAGCUGCGAGAAGACUGCGUCAACUGUGGUACUAACCUGCAGCGACCAGCUCUCCUCAUCCAGCGGACUUUUUUGCAUUGUCAAUCCGACAAACAACAGUAGGGUCCAGUGCAGCUGGAAGAACGCCAAAGAUGGCGAGAAAAGCAUGCAGCCUAUUGGGUAUCGGAUCGUUCUAAGUGGAUCAUCUAACGAAGAAAAUAAGAUUGUGAUCACUUCACCGCAAACGACUACUGCGCAAUUCGACAAUUUGCUGCCAGGUCACGAGUACCAUGUCUACGUACAGGCAAUCACGAGCUCAGGCCUCGGUAACACGUUGUCCACCGCAUUCAGGAUAUCCUCAGGCAAGUUGAAUCGAUCGGACUCAUUCUACGAAAAUCGUGGUUCACGUCGAGAUCAUGGUUUAUCACGUAUAACGAGCAUGAUUACGGAUCGAAAUGCCGCUGUUCAAUCGGCAUCUGGACGUGAAAGGUCGGAUGGCUCGUUAUACAACAAUGAAAGGUUGCCAGGUUUGACGGUGCUGGAGUUGCCUCUCGAAAGCGCUGCUUCCAGCGUUGUUAGGUGGAUGGCCUCAUACUGUGUUGGUGUUAUUAUUGUAUUUAGGCAUUUCUUUGUUGAUUGUUUGUUGUAA